AGAAAGCAAAGCGAGGAUGGUGGCGUUCUUCCCUGACACAGAAGAUUUUAUCGUUUUCACCCUUCAUUGAACAUCAGAGAGUAAAACACGCGUCACGCCUUUUCUAAGAGUUUCUCCAUCAACUGGGAUUCUGAGACUCCAUUGUGGUAACUUCCUCCAAGAUGCUCCGCCCCCUGCUGUUCCUGUUUGCUGUUGCCGGUCUGACGGAUGCAACCUUUUAUUUCCAAAUUGUUAACAACACUCAGGUCAACACCAGCGAUUGUCCCAUCACAUAUUAUGGACAGGAGUACACAACAGUCUAUACAAACUUCACCGGUGAAGACCUGUUUGUUUGUUUCAACGGCUAUUACAACCCUGAGGGCAACGGAGACUGUAUUAGGGUCCCGAAUACCGACAACAGAACAUAUGUUGAUUUAAAUAAUGACAAUGAUCCUUCUUCUUGGACCGGUUUGACAGAUUUGGUCCACAGCUCUGUAAGCACCGUCACAAACAAUGUAACAUGCUACUUGAUCUUCUCUUUCAAAUCAAACAUGGCUCUGUUUGGCAUUGGGUCCCAGUCAGUUGUGUAUUGGGAUGGCCCUCCACCAACGUCUAUUAGUGUUCUGGUCAAUGGAGACGAGGUAGAAAAAGUGUAUGGGGUUCAGAACAAUUAUUCUCUAUCAGACACCAGUGGAUGCAGAAUCUCAGGUUUUGGGGUGAAACCUGGAGAUACACGUCAAAUUCCCAACACCUGUACUUUCCUGACAUGCAGCAGAACCAGUAUUACCUCUAUGAAGACUUGUGGUCCGCCGGGACAAUGUGACGGCUACAGAGCCUGCUCAGUGAAAGGACUCUGCACAGUGACCGGUCCCACUGUCAUUGACUUUAGUGAACAAAUCAACUCUGUGUCCGACCGGUGUGAAUACUCUCUGCUGCACGAUCAGUCUACUGGAUUCUCUCUGAAGGCCAACUUCCUGGACCGUCGUCGCAGAGAUGUGAGCUUUGUGGACAGUCUCACUCUGGACUUCAGUGACAGUGGUGACAUUCAGCUGCUGCAAGGACACAGAGUCAAGGUAGCAGGAUCACCUGUGACCCUCACCAGUUCAGUCCAGACAUUUAGUGGAGUUGAUCUCUCCAAGGACCAGACUGGAGUCACUGCUAGUUUUUCAGUCAAUGGCUCAUCUGUGUCUGUGUUCUUUGAUGGAACCACAGCUCAGAUCUACUUGAAUAAAUCUAACAGUUUGACUUAUGAGGGUCUGUGUGUGGACUCUAGCAGUUCCUCAUCUUCAAGGCUUCCCAGUAACUCCAGCUGUCAGGAUCAGUAUGAAGACCCUGCUGAUGACACCAUUGACUGUGCUGCUGUCACUCAACAGUGUAGCAUCCUGAAAUCUGCCCCGUUCUCCUCCUGUAACUUAUACGUUGAUCCAGAGCCGUACAUUAUUGCCUGCAGAAGUACUCUGUGCAAAUAUCCUUCAGUGGACAAUCUCAGGUGUCAGUUCCUGAAGGCCUACGCCAAAGCCUGUGAGAAGAAACAAGUUGACCUGCAGAACUGGUGGACAACAGCUCAGUGCCAUCACCCAGAACCAAUCUGUGAAGACAAAUGCAGUGAUCAUGAGUUCUGUGGAGAUAUCCACGGAAACACUGACUGUCGCUGUAGAGCCAUUUUUGCCUCCAAGUUCACUGAACAGAACCGACUGGGAGGUCCAACUGUCUGCCAGGACAACACUGCCUCACUCAGUCUGGUGGGUUGUCUCCUGAAGGAAAAAUCCAUCGACUACACUCACUUACACCUCAAUGACCAGACCUGCACAGGUGUGAUGGACCCGGACAGUCACAUGCUGAAAUUCACAUUCCAAAGUGACAGUUGUGGAACGGAGGUCACGACCAACAACAGCCAGGUAACCUUCACAAAUGCAGUCAUGACCCGGAACAGCUCCUCAGACGUCAUCACUCGUCACGAUAAAGUCUUCAUAGAGUUCUCCUGCAGCCAUCCUAAACCUCAGUUGCAGAACGUGGCCUUCAAGAUUAUAGACAACUCUGUGGAAGUUUUCCUCCAAUCUGGAGAAUGGAAGUACACCUUGACCAUGAAGGCUUACUCUGAUGCUGCCCAUACCCAACUUUUGGAUCCAAAGAGUGAUGUCAGGCUGAACCAGAAGAUCUGGAUUGAUCUGGAGACUAAUGGUCUGAAUAAAGAUGUAGUUUCUGUGGUGACCGACUCCUGCUGGGCAACCAGUGAGAACUCACCCAACAGCGUUCCCAGAUACGACCUGAUCAGAGAUGGGUGUCCAAACGCAGACGAUGGAACAGUUAAUGUGAUGGGAAAUGGAGAAGGAACCUCCAACUCCUUCUCCUUCAACAUGUUUGAGUUCUCUGGAAAGGAAACUUCAGAAGUCUACCUUCACUGCCAACUGCAGCUGUGUGUUAAGAAGAACAACAACUGUGUGCCGGGUUGUUCUUUUGCAGGUCGAAGACGCAGAUCUCUCAGAUACAGACGUGGAGCUCCAGCCUUGAUCAGCAUGGUCUGGACUCAUUAGGUGAUUUCCACAGAAGUUUUGACCUUUCCGGACAUGAUCCUGGUUCUGAACUCAAAUGUGUGAAAGAAUCUCAGUUCUUGUUGCUAUGAAUUAAUUUUUUAAUCAGAAUUUCAACUGUUGAUUUGAGGGUUGAAUUCUAAAAAAAUACUUUUUUUUUCUUGCAUAUCAUUUUGAUCUUCUUUUCAGUGCUUUAAUAAUAACGUGGGAAGGGGAAGUGUGAGUUUCCUUUAGCUUUUUAAAAAAAUCUAACAAUAUGAUCUAUGAAUUUUAAAAACUAAAUCAAACUGUAUAUUCUGUAAUUUUGCUUUAUCAAGUCAAUUCCAAGAACUAUUUGAAUUUAUACAACGUAUAUAAGAACUAUACUGUUUUCUAAUUUUGACUGGUGAGUUUUUUUAUGGAUGUUGACACAUUUUUUUGAAGACGAGCUAAAAAAAAAUCAACAUAUUUCUAAAGACAUUUGGAGUAUUUGGACUUGUACCAUUAAAAAGUGAUUCAUUGUGUGUGUGUGUUUUUUUUUAUUUCCUUUCACAAUUUUUGG